CGAGAAGGUUUUAGACCCAAAUGUCGAGUUGACAGAGUCAUCAUCCAUCACCGUCUCUUGUUACUUCUAUAUGAGUCAAAAAGUACACAGAAGUCACUUGCACUAUCCUCUAAGCAGUGGAACUGCAGUUGCCAAUCAAGGCCAAUCAAGUGCUUGCUAACUUCAAGUCCACGACUCAAUGGCCGCCAUUGCUGCCUCUGCAGCGGCCGCCAUCGCAGGCUCGCUCUAUCUUGAUGCCAAAUACCAUUUGCGGCAGGACUGGACCUUCAUCCGAGGCAAGAAGAAGGUGGCGAAGCUCCUUCAAAAAGCAGUCCAGCAGAAGCGCUUGUCACCGUACUACUUCUUCGAGAAACAUGCACUGCAGAAGCCCAACGAGGAAUGCAUCUGGUGGCGUGAGGGAAGCUUCACUUGGGCUGAGGCUUGCUGUCGCGCCCACCAGUUCGCGCAAUUCUUUCUAAGCCAGGGGGUCAAACCCGGAGACCUUGUUGCACUGUUCAUGGAGAACUGCCCCGACUUCGUCUUUGCAUGGCUUGGUCUAUGGGCUAUCGGUGCGGCCCCGGCUCUGAUAAACCACAACUUGACUAAAGCCGCGCUGCUGCACUGUCUGGGCAUCAGCAAGGCGCCACUCGUCUUGGCUGAAGGCAGGCCGGAACUGUUGGCCAGCAUAGAUGAGGUCACGGACGAAUUGGCCACCAAUGGUGUCAGGGUACUGAAGUUGGCCGAAGUCCAGAGUGAUAUCAAUGCGAUGCGGGGCGACCGGCCGAAUGAUGGGUUGAGGGAGGGUGUAACUCUCAGGUCACCAUUUGGGUUGUUCUACACGAGCGGAACCACCGGCCUACCGAAAGCAUGCUCGCUCCCGGCUGUGGCUGCAUUCAACCAUGGUGUCAGCAGAGAAUGCGGGCUCGCGAUCGUACAAAAGGACAAUGAGCGCUACUACGACUGCAUGCCUUUAUAUCAUGGCACAGGGGGUAUAAGUGGACUGACACAGAUAAUGACCGGAACGACACUAUGCCUCGCUCCCAAGUUCAGCGCCUCCCGUUUCUGGGACGACGUGCGGGAUUCUCGGGCGACUUGGUUUGUGUACGUCGGUGAGACUCUCCGCUAUCUUCUGGCCGCGCCACCCUCACCGAGAGACAAGGACCACAAGGUGCAUUCGAUCUACGGGAAUGGUCUGCGGCCUGAUGUUUGGAAGCAAUUCAGGGACCGCUUUGGCAUCGAAACAAUUUACGAGUUCUUCAACAGCACAGAGGGGGUCUUGUCUUUGGAAAAUCGCUGUCGCGGCGACUUCAGGGCUCACUCGGUGGGUCACCAUGGCUUGCUUUUGAGGAACAGGUAUCACCAUGCCUUUGUACCCGUGGCCAUCGACACGGACUCGGACGAGAUCAUAAGGGAUCCCAAGACAGGCUUUGCGGUAAGGGUACCAUACGAAGUGGGCGGUGAGAUUCUUGUGCUCCAGACAAGUCCUGUCGUGGCGCCGUUCGUCGGCUAUCAUGGAAACAAGGAGGCCACAGAGAAGAAGUUGGUCAAGGACGUUUUCAGAAAAGGCGAUGUGUAUUGUCGGACCGGUGAUGCCUUGAGACGAGACUCUGACGGUCGAUGGUUCUUCCUGGACAGACUUGGCGAUACCUUUAGAUGGAAGGGAGAGAACGUUUCUACAGCCGAGGUGUCUGAAGUUCUUGGCCGCUACCCUGGUGUGCUCGAAGCUACCGUUUACGGUGUUUCACUUCCAGGUCAUGAUGGCAAAGCUGGCAUGGCAGCCAUCUAUGUUGACCCCGCAGCCACGCCAUUUGACUACAAUGGCUUGUUGAAACAUGCCCGGGCUCACUUGCCGAAGUACGCCGUGCCGAUUUUCCUGCGCCAGAUCAGCGAGCGUUCCGCUACGCACAAUAACAAACAGAAUAAGGUGCCAUUGAAGAACGAGGGCAUCGAACCAGCCAAGGUGAAGGGCGACCCGCUGCUGUGGAUCAGCUAUAAUGGGAAGAAGUCCACCUAUGUUCCGUUCACCGAGGGCGACUUGGAAGCCCUCCAUGGUGGCCGGGCAAAGUUGUAACCGCACUCCACACAGAGUAUGUACGAGACGGUCAGAUUGUUGCUCAUACACUGCACAUAAGCGUCAUAAAUACGUUAUGUAGGGAUGCUCCAUAGGAUGACUUGAUGGUAGGAUGUACGGAACGUAGGCAAGAGGGUCUGGUCGCGAACAAGAAUUUCUUGCAUCGAGGGGGUAUCUCGACCAAUACAACCGGAUGGGCCUAGGAUCGUGAACAAGUAGAGCCGGAAGACGCAAGCGUCCAUAUCGAUCCUCAGUUGCUUGGGUACAUAUAUAGGAAUCAGCCAUAAAAUACAUCACUG